AUGGCUCCUUCCGAUCGUCUUAACCAGGUCAAUGAACACCUUAACUAUCCGGCCGGUCUGCUAGCAGGUCAAGUCGCCAUUAUCACCGGCGCGGGCCAAGGCAUCGGUGCCGAAGCAGCACGACUAUUUGCAAAUGAAGGCGCCAAAGUCGUGGUCGCUGAUAUAGAUUCUACAAAAGCGAAUGCCGUCGCUGAUGCCAUCAACUCGGCGAAGUCCGGCCGUGCCCUCGCUGUCGUCGGCGAUAUCCUCGAUGGAAAUUAUGUCACCGAACUGGUGAAGAAAGCGGCUGAGUUCGGAAAUGGCAAGAUUCAUAUCAUCGUCAACAAUGCCGGGUUUACAUGGGAUGGUGUUAUUCACAAGAUGACCGAUCAGCAAUGGGACACCAUGUUGGCAGUGCAUAAUACAGCACCAUUCCGACUUGUGCGUGCCGCGGCACCCUACUUCCGAGUGAAAGACCAAGAGCCUCGAGUAGUCAUCAAUAUCAGCAGCACAAGCGGAAUCCAUGGCAACGCAGGUCAAGCCAACUAUGCCGUCGCGAAAGCCGGUGUCGUCGGUCUCACUCGCACAAUCGCUAAAGAAUGGGGUCCAUCCUUCGGCGUGCGCUCCAACACCAUCGCCUUUGGCUAUGUAACCACCCGCCUGACAGCCGCAAAGGAGGAAGGCGCUUUCAUCACGACGCCCGACGGCACGAAGGUUGCUCUGGGUAUUCCGGGAAAGCAGCUGGCCAGCAAGAAGGGCUCGGCUGACGAGGCGAUGAAGGCUGCCGAGGCAAAUGCUUACCCUGACAUUCCUUUGCGCAGACCUGCUAGUCCUGUUGAGGCUGCUAGGGCUAUCCUUGGGGUUGCUAGUCCGUGGUUCUCCUAUGUCAACGGAGAGACAAUUCGAGUUACCGGCGGGCGGAACAUGUAG